AAAAUCCACAAGUAUUUUUAUAAAGAUAUGGUGGAUGAACAUGUGAAAUUGGUACCAAUAGCCAAUGUAGGAAGGAUUAUGAAACAAAUCUUGCCACCAACAGCCAAAAUAUCGAAAGAAGCUAAGGAAACAAUGCAAGAAUGUGCAUCAGAAUUUAUUAGUUUUGUAACUGGUGAAGCAUCUGACAAGUGUCACAAGGAGAAUCGUCGAACGGUUAAUGGAGAUGACAUCUGUUGGGCUCUGAGUUCACUUGGUUUUGACAACUAUGCUGAGGUUAUGUUGAGGUACUUGUAUAAGUUGAGAGACUUUGAAAGAGUAAGAGCUAAUCAAAACAAAUUAGGUUUUAAUGAUGAUGAUAAUACUGAUGAUGAUGAUGAAGAAGAAGAAGCUCCAAGUGCUAGUACUACUUCUCUAGCACCAUUGGAGAUUAAUAUAAUGGAAAGAGUGCAACGUAGACGCUUCAAUUAAAGAUUUGGAUCAUUUCUCGAUUUGUGCAGUAGUGUUAUGGUGAUUUUUUGAUGUAUCGUUUAACUAUAUGGAGUUUUUUGUCAAGGUGUUUCUAUUUCUUUGUCGUUGCUUUUUGUUUCAUUUUGCUUUAUGUGUGUAUGCCAACCUCUAGUUUAAAUGCUUGACCACAGUUAUUUAAGACAUUUUUUCCGUUAAUAUACGAUGGACCUAAUGAUUUGGAGGUUGACGGAUGA